UGCCCCCACAGCACGAGCAGAUCUCUCACACAAAGCUUUCCGUGGAUGAUGAGUGGAAUUCUUCAGAGGAAUGAGUGUAUUUUUUAAUGAGCUUUUAGAAAUCAUUCUUAUCUCCCAAGCUCAGCUUCCAACACAGGGACUAAGAGCCAUGUAAUUUUAUUCAGGUUGCUUACCUGAUAUGGACUUCAGUGUCUUCAUUUGAUAAAUAAAAGUUUCAGUACAUCUAUGAUCAUUUGCAGUGCUGACAUUCCAAGAUUCCAUCUCAAAGAAGCUGAACUCAAGCAGGAAUAUUUACUCUGUGGGCUCAUUUCUGCAUGUUCUCCAGCAGGGGGCACCCCGGGGAUUUGGAUGGGGCCCGUUUCUGAGCCUGCAGCAAGAAAGGAUGUACAAGAUGCACCGGGGCCACGAGUCCAUGCAUGUGGAGAUGAUCUUGAUCUUCCUCUGCAUCCUAAUCAUCGCGCAGAUAGUGCUGGUGCAGUGGAGAAAGAGGCAUGGCCGGUCCUACAACCUGGUAACCCUGUUGCAGAUGUGGGUUGUCCCUUUGUAUUUCACGAUAAAACUUUACUGGUGGCGAUUUCUGUCUAUGUGGGGACUGUUCUCACUUAUCACCAGUUACAUUCUCUUCAGAGCUACCCGAAAGCCCCUCUCAGGGAGAACCCCGCGAUUGGUCUACAAAUGGUUUCUUCUAAUCUACAAACUCAGCUAUGCAUUUGGCGUUGUGGGUUAUUUGGCUAUCAUAUUUACAAUGUGUGGACUCCAUUUAUUUUUCAAAAUCAAGGCUAGAGAUUCCAUGGAUUUCGGCAUCGUGUCCUUGUUCUAUGGACUCUAUUAUGGCAUAAUGGGGAGAGACUUUGCAGAGAUCUGCUCAGAUUACAUGGCUUCUACUAUAGGGUUCUACAGUGUCAGUGGGAUGCCCACACGGAGCUUGUCAGACAGUAUCUGCGCCGUCUGUGGACAGAAGAUCAUUGUGGAGCUCGAUGAAGAAGGGCUCAUUGAAAACACCUACCAGCUUUCAUGCAGUCAUGUCUUCCAUGAAUUCUGCAUCCGAGGUUGGUGUAUCGUUGGUAAAAAGCAGACUUGCCCUUACUGCAAAGAGAAGGUUGAUUUGAAGAGAAUGAUCAGUAACCCCUGGGAGCGCUCACACAUUUUGUAUGGACAAAUCCUGGACUGGCUUCGUUAUCUGGUGGCCUGGCAACCCAUGGUGAUAGGGAUAGUACAAGGCAUUAACUAUUCACUAGGGCUAGAAUAGUACAACAAAGUUACCCCAGAAACAAUGUAUUGCACGUUGGAAUAUCUUCAAAUCCUUGAUCCUACAUAUAAUAUUGACUUUUCUUCAUUUUAGAGAUGAUCCCAAAAGAGAACAGAACAAAAUUUGGUCUACAUAAGACAAUUUGUGUAUGUGGAAAGAAUUUAAAGAGCUGAGCAACAGAAUAAACAAAUGAUGUGUGCUUUGCAUCUUUCCUGUUAUGACUGUUUUCUAAUCCAUGCAUGUGACACAUUUGUUACAACUUCCCCCACCCCCCCACCAUGGACAUACCAUCUCUAGUUUGGCUGAUAAUGAUCUCAUCUGUAAAAUGUUUUCAGAGGUUUGCAAAGUACUUCUCACAUAGAACAUUUAGUUAUAACAAAUACCUUCUGAUCAGUUCAAAAUCUUCGAAGAAGUAGGCAGAGUUGUUAAGUAACCUGUGAUUUUAAGGAUAGGGCCUUCUCUGCAUUUUGUGCUUAUGACCACGUGGCAGCUUCAGCACCACAAAGAUCUGUAUAGAGAGGAUUACUCCUGAAACCUCUAGCACUAGGUGCCACAGCCCACUCAUUGGGCCAGCACUACGCCCGAGUUCCUGGGCCUGCCAAAUGCACCCAACCCAUCCAAGGACUGCACUGAAGUAGAGAGACUUACUCUCUUCUUUUGUGCCA